AGCUAUUGCUAUUGUGUUAUAUAACCAGAGCUAUUGGUUGAAUAGUGUUUUAGUUCCUUCUGCAUCUUGUGAUUUGGAACCGAUUUAUGAAAAGAAUAUGAGCAAUCCUGUUGCUAAAAAGACGAUUAGAGUAUUGAAUUCAAGAUACUUUUACAGGGAAAUACUUUAUGCAAAAUCGUAUAAAG